UAAGUUACUUACGUUGCGACGCACGGCUUUUCAUUUCUUCAGUUUGUUAACGAAACGCAAACGAUGCAGACGCGUCUCUACGGUAGCUGCGGCAAAUUAGUAGAUAACUAAAAAACAAAUAAAUAGUGCCUUACAUUUUGUCCAUAUUUGUGAUUGAAUGGACUGGUUGGGAAUUUGCAUAAAAACUUGUAACUCGAUUGGAAAACUGCUUUGUUAAACAAUUCAUGUGCCCCGCUCGGUGACAAUCAACCGGACUGCAGCAAACUAGUAAAAGUGACUUCCUCGUGUGCCUUUCAAUUAACUGAUUGCAACUUGCACUAAAACAAUUACUUGUGAGUUAACGAAAAAAAAAAUAAAAUAAAAAUUGCUUUCGAUUCUUCGCCAAACCAAAAGUCAGUGGUGUGUGUCCAAGUGGUUGCAAACGGAUUAGAAAUCUGCAACUGAGCCCGUAUUUCACCAACACCGCCAGCCACCCACCGCAGUUGGCGCGCGCAUGCUUGUUGGCAGUCAUUGACGCCUGGCAAUUAUUUACAAUAAUUUUCGCCAAACGCAGUGAGUGCAUAAAACGUGAAAAGCAUUCAACGAUUGCAACGCGGUGAAAAUCGUUUUCGUUUUCCUGGCACGGGGACGACGACGACUGACGCGUUCAGCUAGCGUUAAAAAGCAUUUUAUUUACAAAAAAAAAAAAACGAAAUUAUUUGUACAAAAAGUGCUACCACCUUGCGUUUGAUGGAUUAAUUAAUAACAGUAGCAACAAAACAGUAGCUAAAAUUAAACAAACGAACCGCAAAUUAAAGCAAAUUUAAUACGAAAAUUGGAGUAGAAGAACAACGCAAAAAGUUAAUGCGCGAAAAAGAAAGCAAAAGCGUUGCAGAAAAAUUUUAACAAACACAGCUUGCAAAAGUAGGUGAAACUCUGAAAGAAAUUGUGAAAAAUUUAAAUUUUUUAGAAACGAAAAACAACCGUAGAUUCAGCGCGCGUGUGCAUGUGUAUGACUUUAACGGGUGAAAAUUAAAAAGAUACUAGAAGAAAUUGAUUGCAAUACUGCAAAAGUAGUGAAAAUAUUUUUCCUAAUUUAAAAAUAAGAUUGAAUAAAUAAAUCACGCAGCAAGUAAUUAAAAGAACUCAGUCAUCGAACUCAUAAGUUGGAUUUCCUAAAAUUGAUUUCGAAGGCCUGGCACGUACUCGAUUUUAUGACCCAACAAUGAUCCGGCAACUACAAAUGUUUAACACUCCAAUCAACACGCUACUCGCUUGCUUGCUUGUGUGCUGGUUAGCGCGCGCACAUGCCGCCGAAAAAUGGUCACGCCAACUAGAACCGACUUCGCCAGGCGUAUCGGACUCUUUCGAUUGGGUGCCGGUGGCACAGCCAGUCGAUAGUUCUACUGCCAAAGAUCGGUCCGCAAAUGCACGUGUGCUCACCUACUCACAGGCUUACCCACCGAAUGGCCGUUUCGGUGAUCUGCCCAAACCGCAUAAUCCGCCCGUGUCUCAGCAGCAGCCAUUCGAUUUUCCCUAUCAGUUUCAACGUUUUGCCAAUCAACCACCACCACGUUCACAAGUCGGUUCACCUUUCGGCGCGCCACCACUAAAGGCUGCUGCCCCUGCUGCUUCGUCAUUACAAAGCGGUGAACCAACUUCGCAGUCAUUCUUCAAAUUCGAAAUGCCCUUCCGCACAGAGGGUGGCAGUCAUGGUGCAUCGGGCUCUCCCGGCUCAUUGCAGACUGGCUACCAGAUUCAGCAUAUACUCGGUGGAGGCGCGCAAGCCACGCUCUUUAGCUCACCGCUGUUCAAUCAGCAACCCGUUUUUCCACCAGAAUUCCAUCCCAUACCACAGAAGCCGCUACAACAGACUUUACAAAAACCACUGCCGCAACAGAAUUACAUCGAAGAUAGUUUCCCGAGCAAGAACGUCUACCGCGAAUCGAAACCUAAUCCAACGCAACAAUCUCUGCAAAGCGUCACACCACAAGUUUUCCCUGUAGAACAACAAGUUGAUCAAUUUUUUGAUUUGAAUAAGCCGUCAUCUUUCAAUGCGCAGUUGCCGUUCCAGCAUACUGAUAGCGCACCAACAGCACCCUACCAGCAGUCGGGUAGCGCACCGACAGCACCUGCUUCGUUGCCUACAAGUAAUGGUGGCAGCCAACAAGAUGUACAAUUGCUCUAUGUGCCAUACGAUACGCUCUUUAAUCAACAGAAGCCUGAGUCACAAGGUUUCGAAUUGAAUAAGUAUAAUGUCAACGCGGGCCUACCAACUGUCAAUCCCUUCCAAAUCAAUCAGUUUUACACGCAAGACUCACUCGAUUCGCUAGAUCAGCAGAACUACUUCGCCAGCAGCAUCACUACCAGCACAAGCCGUCCGAAGACGACAACGUUGAAGCCAACCACAAUCUUCCAGAAUUACGCUAAUCAACAACCAACUACGCCACGUCCCAAGCCAAAGGCACAUCAGCCACCACUUGCCAUGUUUUUGGUGCGCAACUCUGUGCGUCCCACGCAAACGGAUGUGGUGUCUGCUUUACGUCAUUCCAACACCAUCGCAGUCAUUGAUGCACCUACGAAGAAGAUACCCGAAAUAUUUGUUGGUCCUGCUGGUAUGUCUACACCAGAUGGCUAUGUGAAAUUCGAUCUGCCCUACUUGUCUCAAUUGGCACAGACACGCGAGCUGCGUGAGAUUCCGUUCUUCGUAGCGCCUUUGAGCUAUCGCACACCAAGUGGUUUCAAUAAGAUCCUGCUACCAGAACCGCAUGUGGGUUCAAUUGUUAUAAAUCUCGCCAAGAGCAGCAGCGCUCCACAAGCGGUUCUUAGCCAGCCGGCUAAGCCAAGUGCUGUUUACAGUCAAAAUGAUAUUAGUCAGUAUCAGUCACCACCGCCCACACAGCGCGUGCGUCCACACCGCGUGAAGCAGCCAUCUGCCACAAAGGACUACUAUCCCGCGGCGGUACUCAAUGAGCCUGUGCACAAAAACCGCGAUCAGUAUGAGAUCACGACUCAGCGCUCAACACUUCCACCGACACGCGGCAACAAGUUCAAUUACUUCUAUAAUCAAGACGCUAUCCAUGAGGUGAGCUCUCCAAAGGUAACCAAACACGAUCGGCCGAAGAAAAAGCGUCCACAAAACGUGCAACAACAACCAAUUGAGCAGCCCGCUUUCCCACAAACCAUCAAUAAUCCUUACGCCCAAUUCCAGCCUGCGCCUAACCAAAUAACCAAUGAUGAUAUCUACAAAGUUCAGUCGAGCCGACCUUCACCUAGUACAUCUCCAUCGACUAGCACUACAACUACAACCACUAGCACUACUUCUACAACAGCUGCGCCGGCGCAAACAUUCUACUCAUUCAAUCCCAAUGGGCAAGUUGAGUUCCAGAGUGCAAACGGACCCCUCUACUCUUUUGACACCAUACCAAAGGAGCCGGUUGAGGAGCAAGCUCCACGCUUCACCACUCGCCCGCCCAGCAGCACUUCGCCCGAGGAAGAGUACCACAUGAAGCAAUAUUAUCGUCAGCAAGAAGCUUUCCGCAAUCGUCCACAAAUCGUUAGUCCCACUAACCCACCCUUCGAACAGGUGCAAUACACGCCUGUCGACUUGGACUACGGGCGUGAUGUCAAUGCUCCUUCAACGACUCAUAAGACCACAUCGCCUACCAAACAACGUGUUACUUUCUAUUCACCUUCCCAACCUGGCAGCUCUGCACCGGAAGAUGCAUACAACGUCGUACAGCAACCCGAUUUUGCAGAGCUACAACAAGAGAAGGUUAUUGAGGGUGAAUUGAAACCGCAGCGUAAGCAACCUUCAAACCAUCGACCUUUGUACAAUCAGAACGAGAUACCCGAUAGCACUGUGGAAUAUGACCCCAAUCCUUACCAUGUGCCUUCAGAACUGCCACCACUCACACCAAAUUUGCCAGGCCUAGUGAAUAAUUUGCAAGAGAAGGACAAACAAAAUGCAAUAGGAGAACUUGCCACUACUACACCCAGUGAGCCAGAGAAGGAGCUGCCUACACGUCCAACAAGACGCCCCAUCAAUCGUGUGCGCAAACCUCUUGUGUCCAAAGUUACAUCCUCUGUUUCUUACUCUGAAACGGAAACCUCUACACGCCGUCCUAUACAACGUGUUCGCCGUCCGUUUGGCGCGCGUGCGACAGCUAGCACUCCAGCAUCUCCCGAUGGUGAAGAAGAAGCCACUUCGACCACACGUCGUCCAUCUUCAGCGGCACGCAACCCACUGAUACGCAAUCCCAACCGCAUCCGUUACCAACCGACUCCAGAAGAACGUCAGUCGCUGCGCACUAAGCAGCGUAAGAAGUAUGGCAACUCCGGAAAAGAUGAAGAUUUGGACUACCAACGCGAUGUGUUGAAACAAAAUUACCCAGUCAUUAAACCGCUAUCGUCACGCACGCCAUCCAGCCCUACAGCGAUACCCAGCUCAUAUGCUACGAACAGCGGCUCUGAGGCACCAACCUCUGAGACACAACAAGUUUACACAGUCACCCCCAGCAACACCGUAGGCACAAAUGAACAGACCUUCCCAGCCGGCAUGUUGGAGCCAAUGCAAAUCGCUCAGCAGUAUAGUCAGUAUACAAAGGACAAUUUCGGGCCAGGAUACUUCCCUAAUCAGGAAGAUUUGGGUCCCACGGAACCAAUCAUUCGCAACGAAAUCAAUCCUGUCUUCACCACUUUACCAACCACUACACCUACUCCAACCACAACAACAACAAGUGAAGAGCCCCAAGUAACCACAAGACGUUCACCAUUUAUACGCAGAAAUUAUCCACGGUUACGCACCACCACCACCGAGGCACCGACUACCACUACACAAGAGGCAGAGACAAAAACCUCGCUACGUCCACGCCUACCGCCGCGGAAGGUUAUCAAGGUACGCACGCGUACGCGCCGCCCAGUCUCAUCAACGACAAACCCAGAAGAGGAAGCCGAAGUCGAAGAGCCAAAGAGUAACGUACGCAAAAUAAAUCGUUUUAAUCACGAUUUAUACGAAAAUGACGCAACACCACCACAAAGACGUCGCCACCGUCCUAGCUUCCAGCUGGAUGGUCAAGAGUCGCAAUGGUCCCCAGCAUUGAAAUUCGGCAACAAUCAUCACUUCAAACCAACGAACCCGAAGGAGAAGUCUAAGGAGAAUGAGCACAAAUUCGAUGAGGAACCAGAAAUUGUAACGAUCGGACCUGAAGAUGAUAAAAAAUCGGAUAAUUAUGAAGUGAAUGUAUCCGCCAGCUUUGGUGAAGCCAAACCCACACUUAAGGCACCCAAUUUGAAGCCCGAGAAAUCCUUUGCCGAACUUCUGGAGGAAGUCAUGGGCAAGGCGCCAGAGGAAAAACCGCUCGAAUCUGUUGAAGAAACUAGCACGCGCACCACAGACGGCACAUUCUUCGAAUCGCAAAAGACAACAAUAUUUAAUCGCAUCAAUAGACGUAACAAAUUCAAGAAGCUCCAUUUGCCAACAACGCAAAACAACGAAAGCUUUGAGACCGCCGAAUCACAAAGUCUUGGUUCCCAACUUUACAACUCACUACAUGGAAAUGAAAAGUCUACAGAUGAAAUAGUCAACGAACUCAAAACGACUACACCACUCACACCGGCGCCCGGCGGCAAGAUCACAACAACCACGCUAACAACAACAACUGCUAGCCCGUCCAGCACCGUGUACACCGAAGAGCCAACAACGCCCGAUCAAUUAGAAGUCACCUCCUAUGCAACAACACUAGCCAUGGAUGAAGCUCUAGAUAAAACGACAAUCGCGCCAGCGGAAAAUGAAGCCGAAAGCGUCACAGCGGAGAGCGCCACACGACGCAUGGACGAAGCAGUGGAUGAUCUGGAAUCACAGCCAAGCAUAUUCUCUGAAGUCAAGCGGCAACUUCAUGAUCUCUUCGCAAUCGAUGAAUCCGAAGAUCAUGCGGUGACUGCUGCCUUGGCUGCAGUUGGCAAGAGACGUCAAGAAUAUAUGAAUAUCAAACGAACAAAGCCGGAUACAACCACACAAGCAAUGAAUGUGGCAGCCGUAGCGGCCGCAACAACAGUGCCAACGCCCUCAGUGGCAGCUGAGACGGCAGCAGCUGAUAAGAAGCCAUUACAGAAGAGCUUGAUGGAUCAGGUCGUAUAUGCGACAUCCACAUCGACGAAAGUGACAUCUGAAACAGAGAUUUGUUAUCGCGGACGGUGUAUACGAUCGGAAGAUUUGCCGUCGAAUCAUAAAUUGCAAUAAUAGGUAUAGAAGUAAAGCAGAAGCUUAAGAAUUUAGUAUGUUUAUUUGUACAUUUCGAGACUUGCAACGCGGCGGAAAUAGUGAAAGUGAUUUGCAUUCUAAGAGAUUGGCAUAACCGUAUACUAAAUUCAUAUGCAAGUUCGUGUUCGAAGAGUAGAUUGUGAUAAUAAAAAAAAAGAAAUGGGAGAUGAAAAAUUUUAAUAAUUUCAAUAACUACAUACAUAAACUGUACUUACAGUAUAAACUCUUAAAAACUAACAGAAGAGCACUGUUUAUUUACCACCCUGGGUUCGUCUCUUAAUCUUUAGCAAAUAGUAGUUAUGAAUUAGCCUUCUUCUGAAAUUUUCUUCAUUACUAGUGUUCGCGCUCUACAUACGUGUCUUUGUUAACGAUUUUAUUUUACAUACAUACAUAUAUACAUAUGUACAUCCAUAAAUAAUUUUAUUGUAAUCACUUAGCUUUACCGAAAAUCUAGUUUAGUUGAAUGCAAAAACCUGUGACGCGUCCAGUUAGUUUUUGUUUCAUUUAUUUUAAUUUUAGUGUAAGUUUGAAAUUAAUUGAUUAAUAAAUACGUUCGUAUUUUGCAUAUAUUUUAUAAUUAACAAAGAAACUAAACGAUUUACAAUACGAUAUAGUAUGUGCGUAUGUAUGUUUGUACAUAUACAUAUAUGUAUAUCUUACAAGCACACUUAAAAUUUUAGUAUGCUGUACUUUAUGGCAAAUUAAGUAAUCAUAAGUCUGUAUGUAAUAUACUUAGA